AUGGAGGAUACGGAAGAAGAGAGAGUGGAACAAGUGAAUUCAAUAUUAGAAGAAGAUGCGAAAAUCAUGAAUUAUGGAGAAAGAUUAGCUCGUGUUGUUGAAGUAUUGUCUGCUAAGGAAUUUCAAGAACUCAAUUCACCACCCGUGAAGACUUCUGAAACUGAGAGAGUCACUUUUUUAUUUCCAGAAAAUUCAGCUGUAGAGCAUGAUAACCCAUCUACCAUCCUUACUCAGAAACCAGCCCGCGAAAGCGUUGGCAAAAGGAAGGACUUUCAUUCUCUUGCUUCUAAAACCAGCUCACUAGAGGAAGACAAUUCAUCGACAGAGAAGAAAAGUGAAAAACCAGGAACCUCUUCAUCUGUGUUCGACUAUUUACAUGGUGAACUUCGAAGAGGUUACUUGCUGGAAAAUGAUGAGCAGCGAUUCACCGAACGCAGAGAAAAGUUUUACAUAUUUUUGAAAAUCCCCAGAGAAAUUGAAAAGUUUAUUUUAUAUGGAUUUUUUCAAUGUGUGGACGCAUUUUUGUUCCUCUUUACCUUUCUGCCUUUGCGAUCAGCAGUCUCUGUUUGGUUCUUGGUUACACGUACCUUAAAAGUAAUUGUAAGUGUCCUGUUUGGCGGAAGCUGCAAUCAUCGCAUUCUGCAGCCGGCCGAAAUAUGUGAUUUGCUGAAAGUCUUCAUUUUAGGUUGCGUGAGUUUCGGCAUGACCUACGUCGAUACCUCCAUGUUGUACCAUAUCGUGAAAAGCCAAUCUGUCAUCAAGUUGUACAUUAUGUUUAAUAUGUUAGAAGUGGCCGACAAGCUGUUCUCCUCUUUUGGGCAAGACAUCCUAGACGCCCUCUACUGGACGGCCACCGAACCCAGAGGCCGAAAGAGGGAGCACUUGGGUCUCAUCCCGCACCUCGUCAUGAGCUUGGUCUAUGUGUUCAUCCAUUCAAUCAUCGUCCUUAUUCAAGCUACCACUCUGAAUGUAGCUAUAAACUCUCAAAAUAAAGCACUGCUCACCAUAAUGCUAUCUAACAAUUUUGUGGAACUUAAAAGCAUGGUUUUCAAGAAGUUCGAGAAGAAUAAUCUGUUUCAAAUGUCUUGCAGUGACGUGAGAGAAAGAUUUCAUUAUUUAAUACUAUUGUUUAUCGUCAUCAUUCAAACAAUGAAGGAGUACAAUUGGAGCUAUGAACAAUUUAUGGUUUUACUUCCAUACUGCAUCGGGGUGAUCAUAGCUGAAAUUCUUGUUGAUUGGACAAAACAUGCAUUCAUCACGAGAUUCAACGAAAUUACUUUUGAAGUAUAUCGUGAUUAUACUGUUAGCUUAUCUUAUGAUUUAGCUAGCUGCAAGUUGAAAAAUGCCUUUGCCGACCAUUCCGACCUGAUCUCUCGCAGAAUGGGGUUCAUACCUUUGCCUCUGGGAGCCCUGGUCCUGAGAGUGGUCAGUGGAUCCAUCCCCAUAGUAGGAUUCUGGGGCUUCACUCUGUUUUUCCUUGUCUAUUUGUGCCUGAUCAGUGCCAAGAUAGCCAUUAGUAUUACUUUGCUCGGACAAGCUUGUGAUGCCAUCGAAAUGCACAGGAAUGCACAAAAGGAGAAAAUGACCAAACCCAGACAGUGCAACAGCUUACCCUCUAGUCGUCAUCAUAGCACUGAAGAUCUGCCCAACCUGGUGUCCCAAACGAAAAGCAUGCCGCAGAGCCAAUGCGCCAGUGCAUCUUCCAGCAUCGCUGACAUCACCGCUCGUGCCGAAAUCCUGCAAGAGAACCUGGAACAACCCAACCCCAUGUUCUCCAACAGCACGGUCAGCCUGAACAGCCUGGGGAUGAACGAGAACGUGUUCGUGAACGAGCGCUUCGCCGACCAGCAGGCGGAGAACGUCUCAACUCGGUGGAAGUCCUCGGCCACCUUCGGCGCGGUCACCCGUCCCGGCGGGGACGUAGAGCCCAAGAGGCGGACCUCCCUCCAGGAGAAAGUGGAAGAGCCCAAGUCUUGA